AUGCCCGUGGAGAAUCCCCUCUUUUUUCGGCCCGCUCCCAAGAUGGCGUCGAUGCGGGAGAGCGACACUGGCCUGUGGCUGCACAACAAGCUGGGCUCCACGGACGAGCUGUGGGCGCCGCCGAGCAUCGCCUCGCUGCUCACGGCCUCGGUCAUCGACAACAUCCGCCUCUGCUUCCACGGCCUCUCCUCGGCCGUCAAGCUCAAGCUGCUCCUGGGGAUGCUGCACCUGCCCCGCCGCGCGGUGGACGAGAUGAAAGGGGCACUGACUGAAAUUAUCCAGCUCGCUACCUUGGAUUCAGACCCCUGGGUCUUAAUGGUAGCUGAUAUUUUAAAAUCCUUUCCAGAUACUGGCUCCCUUAACCUUGAUCUUGAAGAACAGAAUCCCAAUGUUCAAGAUAUUUUAGGAGAGCUUAGAGAAAAAGUAAGUGAAUGUGAAACAUCAGCUAUGUUGCCGCUGGAAUGCCAAUACUUAAACAAAAAUGCCUUGACAACACUAGCUGGGCCACUUACACCCCCAGUGAAACACUUCCAGCUGAAAAGGAAACCUAAAAGUGCUACUCUCCGAGCUGAGCUCUUGCAAAAGUCAACAGAAACUGCCCAGCAGCUCAAGAAGACUGCAGGAGUGCCUUUUCAUGCCAAAGGGAGGGGACUGGUCAAAAAAAUAGAUACAACAACACCACUCAAAGGAAUACCAAAACAAGCUCCAUUCAGAAGUACUUCAGCACCUAGUGUAUUUAAUCCUUCUGGAAACAGAACUCCCAUUCCUCCUUCAAGAACACCUCUGCGGAAAGAAAGAGGAGUAAAGCUUUUAGAUAUCUCUGAGCUGGACAUGGUAGGUGCUGGCCGUGAAGCUAAAAGAAGAAGAAAGACAUUAGAUACAGAGGUGGUGGAAAAGCAAGCCAAAGAAGAAACGGUAGUGGAAAAUGCUACUCCAGAUUAUGCUGCUGGCCUUGUGUCUACACAGAAACUUGGCUCAUUGAAUAAUGAACCUGCACUGCCUUCUACAAGUUACUUACCUGCUACCCCCAGUGUGGUGCCAUCUUCCUCAUAUAUCCCAAGCUCUGAAACACAGCCAGCGGGCUCUGCACGAGAGGCCUUGCAGACUAACAGACAGACUGAAGAGCCUGCAGCUCCAAACGCUACCACAACUCUCCCUGCACAGUUCAAGCAAAGAACACCCAUGUACAACAGUAACUCUAACCCUCCUGCAGCAACGCCUACCUCACCCCUGACACCUACCACCCCUCCUGCCAUUUCCCCUGCAGCACAAGCACCUCAAGUGGCUCCCCAGACUCAGCAACAGCCACCCCCGAAAAAAAGCCUCUCUCUCACAAGGGAGCAAAUGUAUGCUGCACAGGAAAUGUUCAAGACUGCAAACAAAGUUACGAGGCCAGAAAAGGCUCUUAUACUUGGAUUCAUGGCAGGAUCCAGAGAGAAUCCUUGCCAAGAGCAAGGUGACAUCAUCCAGAUUAAGCUUAGUGAGCAUACAGAAGACUUACCAAAGGCAGACGGCACUGGCAGCACCACGAUGUUGGUUGAUACAGUCUUUGAAAUGAACUAUGCUACUGGUGAAUGGACCAGAUUCAAGAAGUACAAACCUAUAACUAAUGUUUCGUAAGAGAGGCAGCAACAACAGACUGGACCAAAUCAAGCUUAGAGUCAACCAGCUCAUAGAGUAUGUCAGCUGUACAAAAUGGCAUUCAUGUGUACGUUUCUUAUUACCCUCCAGAGUAGAAGUUGUGGCUCUUCAACAUAACUGGGCUCAGUGAACACAGAAGAAGGUGUCAAAUUGACAGGGUUUUUUCUUUAUUUUUGUCUUUAAAUCAGAAAGGGGCGGGAGGGAAAGGGAGAGGCAGUCUUGUGGGAUGGGGGGAUUGUUGCUGUGUUUUGUUUUCCUGCAGUUCGAGAUGCCGGGAAUGGAGAUCCCAACUGCAAGAUUACAUAUGGGAGCAGUUUACUUCCAAGUACCUGAGGAAAAGACUACUGCGCAGUCAUUCACAGUUUACCAUUAAAUAAGGGCACAGGUUUUGAUUGUAAAAAUGUUUUCUUUGGCUACGUGGGUUCUGUUGUAAGAACGGACACUUAACAAAACACCAAGCCAUAGUGCUUUAACUCAGCUGCAGUAAAACUAAAUAUUGCAGGUGGUAGAUGUCUAGUUUCUAACGGUACCCACUGUAUGUUUAGCUUAUUUAUGCUUGGGUCAUAGAACGGGAUUGAGCAGCUUUAACCUUAUUAUAUUGUGAAUGUCUAUGCCCAGCAUGAGUUAACCUAUAUUUGGCAUACAUUGAGAGAAACUGAGUAUUAUAAUUUUCUGAAGAAAAAUAUCAAAUUUAAGAUUGCCAGAAAAAAAGAAAGGAGCAGUGGCUUGUAGUUAUCUGGAGGUAGUAGCUCUUUGCCAUGGGGAUUUUAGGGCAGAGCUAAUCUGUGGCUCUUGCAUAGCAAGCCCUUUAGACAAUGUGAGAGGAUAUGAAACCUGUUCAUCCCAAGACCAGUUGCAGCUUCUUUUAAAAAAGAUAGUCCUAGUGGUGAUUGAGUGACACGUCUCUGAAUACAGAUGGUCAGAACGGUUUGUUGUCUUGAAGCAGUGUUAACAUAAGGUGGGUGAGCAGUCAUCAGGUAUUUGAUAACCCAGUUCUAAUCUAAAAACAAAUUUUAAUGAGUGUAGCUGUGGUUCUUACCAGUGCAGUUAUAUCAGUAUAAUCACUAAUGUGGUUGCAAUUAUGCUGGCAUAUAAAUGUGCCUUAUACUUGUCCCCUCCUGGUAGAAGCACGUUUUUAUCUCUAACAGGGUUUACACCACCGGUAUCAUCCUGCUUUAAUUGUACAGGUAUAGCUUGCAUUUAUUGACAGGGCUUACGUACAUAGUCCAGGAUUCAUCCUUCAGGCACUUGGAUUCAUUCUGCAUUGGAGAAUUUGGCUUAAAACUUUGGUUCUGCCAGUGCUCACACUGGCUCUUGUUAAGAAAUAAUGCUCAGAGGGGAGAAGCACAAAGAUGAGUAGCAUAAUAGUUACCUGAGGAGGGACCGAGGAGGCACCUUGGGCUAACUGGAGGCUGGCUGGACUGUAAGGACACUGUGAGGCUGGGAUUUCUUAUUUUUGUUUUUCUUCCCUAAGAAGAAAGCAGACCAAAUCCCAUCAAUAUACUUGGAUACUAACAAAGGCAUUUCAAUGAGUGUUUAGCCUUCUGCAUUGGGAUGUUUUUUAAUUGCAUUUUUGUUUUUAGCUUUUCAAACUAAUUAUCCAUCGGAACAGGGAGAACAUAAACAAGGAAGUCUGUUUUACAGUUUUUUUAAGAUAUGACCAAAAGUGUAGAUUGGUUAACUUUAUUUGAGCAAAUAUACCGCAUGUUCUAACUCAUAGUGUGUGAGUCACCUGAUGGUAGAUGCUACCAUGAUGGUGUGUUAGGCAUGUGAGAUUUGGACUCCACGUUGACCUUUUGCCCUGGGAAAUUUCCUGCACCUGACUACCCUGUUACAGAGGCAAUGUAAGCUGCAAUUUUGGUUGCAAUUUAUCUUUUAAACAGUGAAAAAUCAGCAUGAUGAGCAAAGAUUUGUGGGUUUUAGUUUUUAGAAUGAGUUCACCAAAGUGUUUCACAAUGGCUAUAACUUAUUGAUAUAAUAUGUUACACAGUAUGGGCUAAGAAUAGAAUAUGAAAAGGGUGUUUUUAAAGAAAAGGGUUAAAGACAAAUGACAUUCCUUUUCUUGUUUGCAUACAGAUUUUUAAACAAUUUUUUGUGAUGGUCAGUUUUGGGUAAAGUAAUGCUGUCUUAAUCUUGCUUGCUAGACAAGCUGCAAGCACCAAACGGAUCUUUUAAGGAAGAGAAAUUUUAGAUAAUUGGUUGACUCGAGGGGUAUGUUCUCCCAUUGCAAAUUAGGGGCUUUCAGUAAAGGCACUUGGUCCUCUCCAGGUCUGCAUGUCAGGUCUGUGCUGUUGGGAUGGGGAGGGCUCUCCAGGAGGUCACCCAAGGGUGCUGCUGCGGGGCAGGGUGCACCCAGCUGCUGCUGUCCGACUGAUUUUAAAAUGUCACUCUAUCACCCUCAACACCAUAGCAUUAUUUCAAGUUGAUCUUUGCAUCUAGAGGUGUGUUUUUUUUUCUUUUUUUUUUUCCUAAGGUGACUAUAGAAAGGGAAGCCUUUUCAAUAUGGUUUAAAAUAAUGAUGCUAGUAAGAAAUAAAACUGCAAGGAGCUGUUCAGCUCGGGCAAUGAAAUCACUGAGCCAGCCUGACUGCGAGUAGGGACAGUGCCAGACAGCUCAGAAAGGGCAACACUAACAUUCACCUUCAGGGUAGUGAACAGCACAGAAUGCAGCCUGGCCCUGGAGCUUGAGAGUUUUUGCUUUGAAUGAAUAUUCAGUCGCUUAGCUGAAUUUUAUAUGGUGAGGAUCAAUGUGUGCUGCAAAACCAAAUGAAAACAGAGUUGACUCUAGAAUGAUUUGUGGAUGCAUCAACAGAUGACCAGUUCAGAGGUUUCACAUUAAAGUUUUGAUUGCAUCUGUCUCCCUUGCCAUUUUCCAAGCAUGAAGUGUUAGGAAGCAGCAAGCCCAGGCUUCCUCAGUGCAUUUUUGGAGCUCAACAAGGCAGUAAGUUCCAGCUUUCCUUCUCUUCGCUAGUAAAGAGACAUCUGAUCUACAAGUCUAGGCAAGAUAUGAAGAAUUAGCCUAUUUCAUUUUACAAUGUGGAAUACUGGAGAAAGAAGCAAUGGAAGUGGCUCGUGUUUUGCCCUGUCAUGUCCUAAAUUUUACUAUUUGGGAAGAAAGAACACAUACCUUCAUAUCCAAGCUGCUUGAAAACUUGUUCCACAGCAAAGUGCUGGUUUCCUUAGGCUCCAUCUGAGUGAUGAUGGCUGCAAGGAUCAGAAACUGAGACAAGGUUGAUGAAGAAGGUAAAUCCAAAGGGAUGCUCAGCAAGAGUUCUCAUAUAGAUCCCUUCUCCCCUUUAGCCAGAACAGUUUUCCCUAGUGUAGUGCUCUGUAAUCAUCUCCAUACAAAGCUGUCCAGGCUUGGU